CAAGUAUACAUAAACUAAAUAUUAGAUGUUCUUCGAUGGUCCCAAUAUCUAUAAAAACGUAAACUGCGUUGUUACAUCUUUCUAACCUACAUAAAUAUGGUCAAAAAUUGUAACGAUCGUGUACAUUUCUUAUUAUUAUUCUUAUUAAUUAUUUGAUACAUUCGCCGCUAGAUUGUCCUUACAUUUAUUAAUGAUAAUUAACAUAAUAUUCUGGACGUAAACUUAACAUUUGACGACGAACACAACACUACGAAUGAUUGCUUUCUUUGGACACUGUGCGUCUAUUUUGGUCGUUCAGGUAUCACUACUUUCCCCACUUACAACAGUUCGCUAUCUAUUAUUCGACAACGACACCGCAUGACCGAGCGGCAUGAUUGAAACGCGAUCGUAUGCGAUCCCUUCAGUCCCUCACGACGAGGCGAUGCGAAGACAAACAGUGAUAGUCCGACGUACGAAACACGCGCCCGCGCAUUUGUCGUUCCGCCAAGACGAGGUGAUAUUGCUCGAACGCUCGAACUUGGACGAUUGCGAACAGAACGCGCUCAGAUUAUAAAUAGCUAGUGGCAAAGAACAAGGGGAUGCUCCUAGUAAGAUAAGGAAACCGAUAAACGGAUACCUGAUCGCAGUGUUAUUGUCAGAGAGCUCGAAAGUCGUCACCGUUCGUUUACGUUCGCGGAAUACUACCGAAAAACAACACGGUAACCGAGGUCGAACGCGAACGACUCAUAACAGAAAUCUGAACAGCCGAUGGGAAAGAGAUAACCCUGAAUCGCGAACACGCGACAGAGAAUUUUAUAACGGAGAAUUAACGACGAUCGCUCGAUACGAGUUAAAGAAUUAUUAACGAUCAACGGCGGAGAGGACUGCUGGUGUAACGAUUCGAAUAUACCGCCGCGCGAGGCGCCAAUCGCCGAGCACCGUGAUCGUAGGUGCUUACCCGCCAAUCGUCCGUGAUGCUGCACACGAGGACCGUCGCUGUCGCUGCAGCAUCGCCUCUCGUCGUUGAAAAUGUCUUACCAUCGUGGCUGGUACGCGUUUCGGCCAGCCGUGUUGUGUCGACGCGAUCCGCGAGCGACCGUUCCAUCCACCGGGGCCAGAUAACCCGCGAAGUCAUGCUCAAUAAUUACCAGAAGGUGCUCGAAAAGUACAAGUCCUGUGGAUGCAAACAAAGAAGUCUUUACUGCACUAUAGCUUGCGGACUUUGCGGUGAACAGGAAUGGUCAAAUUGUCCACCCUGUGAUUUUAUAGACGCGGGAGAUAAAAUUGAAGAUAUACCAAAAGCCAAGAAGCUUCCACAAGACGUGGACACGAAAGGGGUGUUCGCCUGCAACGAGCUCGACUUGAAGGAAGUCCAGGUCUACGGAUUCGAUUACGAUUACACGCUGGCCUGCUACAAGCAGUCCAUGGACCAUCUGCUUUACAAUCUCGGACGCGAUAUGCUCAUCCAGAAGUACAAGUACCCCGAGGGAAUCGCCAGCCUCAAGUACAAGGAGGAUUUCGCCGUUCGUGGCCUCCAUUACGACAUCGAAAAGGGUCUGCUGCUGAAACUCGACAGCUUCUUGCAAAUUCAAUUUGGCACCGUUUACCGCGGUUUGCAUCCGGUAGCCGACGACGAGGUCCUCAGGCUCUAUAAAAACAGAAUAAUACCGAUCGCCUACGUGGAGGCGCCUCAUAAACACUCUCACAAAGAGGCGCUACACCGAACGAAAAUGGUUCAGCUGGCCGAUUUAUUUUCGGUACCGGAAAUGAGCCUUCUGUGCAACGUCACGGAAUACUUUCUUCGAAACCAUAUCGACUAUCACCCCGAAAUACUCUUUAGAGAUGUAAAGAACUCGGUACAAAGUUGCCACCCUAUAAUGCACGGAAUGGUGGUGCAAAACGUAUCGGAGUAUCUGGAGCAGAAUAAGGAUCUAAAGCAAUUCUUCGACCGGCUUAAGAACGCAGACAAGAAAAUGUUUUUGGUGACCAACAGCCCUUUCCACUUUGUCGACAUCGGAAUGAAAUUUUUAGUCGGUAAUAAUUGGAAGGAUUACUUCGACGUGGUAAUAGUGCAAGCGAGGAAACCGAAAUUUUUCACCGAAGAAUCGAGGCCCCUGAGAAUCUACGACGAAGUCAACAAAACUCAAUUGUGGGAUCGAGUGACGAAACUCGAGAAAGGCGCUAUAUACCUCGAAGGCACGGUUAAACAAUUGCAAGACAUGACCGGUUGGCAAGGGCAUCAAGUAUUAUAUUUCGGCGAUCAUCCCUACAGUGAUUUAGCAGAUGUUACUUUGGAACAUGGUUGGCGAACUGGAGCAAUCAUUAAAGAAUUAACGCACGAAAUAGCGACACUGAACAACCCAAAAUUCAAAGAGAACGCUAACUGGUUGCAAAUGCUAACGGGAUUGAUAGAGGAGCACCAAGAUUACGAAGGGCCAGACGUGCAAGGAGUACUGAAUGAGUGGAUCAGUGAAAGAGACCAGUUAAGGAACGAGAUAAAACGUGUAUUUAAUCAGCAAUUCGGCUCCGUGUUCAGAACAUAUCAUAACCCCACGUAUUUCUCAAGGAGACUGUUUAGGUUCGCCGAUAUUUACAUGAGCACGAUCACAAACCUAUUGGAAUAUUCAACGAGUCACACGUUCUAUCCAAGAAGAGGUGUAAUGCCGCACGAGUAUACAAGUUAUUUUGUGUAAUGUACAGAUUCUAUGUUUAGACCUGAAAUUAGAUGUAUUACCGAUUUUUUUUGAGGACCUGCCAGAAAGCUUAUAGAGCUACCAAUCAAAAAUAUGCCGGAUAAAAAAAUAGAAUAUAUAUAUAUAUACUAUAUACAAUUUUUGAAAGUUAGAUAUUUAAAACGCAUUUUCGUUUUAUGUAAAUAAAAGAGAAUGUCAGACUGCUUAAAUCGAUAACGGAAUAUAGCGAGCAAGUGAUCACCGAUUUAUUAGAUCGUUCAAAUGUGUUUUAUGCGAUGCAUAAUUGUUUAGAGAAAAUAAUAUACUCAAAAGUACCAUUGUGCGUAUCUUGUCGACAUAAUUUAAUUCAUUCUAUCAUAGUUGAACAUUAAUCAAGUAAUCGAUUACGCGAUGCGAUUUAACAUUUCGAUCGUAUUUAGUAUAUAUGUGAUUAAUCAUCAGCCGUUUGCGGUCAUGGUUGAUUACGUUAAUGGUUAUUUUUAAUCGUCGAUAGUUUGAUCAAAUUUUGCCAAACAUGGUAUCUAUUAUUGUAUAUACAAACAUUUCGCCAAAAAGUAUAAUAAAUUUUAGUAUAGAGGUCUUGACGAUACCAUAAACUAUCGGGAUAACGUUUAUAGCGACCUCGUGCCGAAAUUAAUAAGGCAGUUAAUAAAAUAAUGGAAAUUUAGUUCUUAUUGGACGCUUGAAGCAGUUGGUAUUUUACAUAUUUUAUUACUCGUGAUGAAGAGAUAUAUGUAUUGUUAAUCGGGUACAAAAUUUGUCAAUGUAAGUGUUAAAAAUGACGGAAAUCUAUUAUCGAAGCGUGUAUGUAUAUACCAUAGAUUAGAUAUCGCAUAGUGAAUGUAUAAAACUUAUUCUAUGAUAUCCUUAUAGUACAAUUUAGACUAAAUAGGAUACAAAAGUUUAAGUUAAUAGGGUUGUUCCUAAUAACUGUGAUUAUAUUUCUAUCGAGCAUACUUUUUGAUUUUAGGAUGCGCGUUACGACACAAAACAAAGUAUGUAUGUACAUUGAAUGAAGUUAAUACGAAUCCAACAUGCGCGUCAAAAAUUCUAUGUAAUCUUUUUUUUUCUUAUCGCAACAGCGCAAUUUGUUUUACAUUCUUUUGCAGUCUUUUGCGAAUACAAAUACAAUGCUUACGUUAAUGUGUUCGAAAUGUACAUAAGUAAUCGUAAUAACCGAUAAAAAAUAAAUCUAUACAACAUUAUUACGAUGUACGGAAUAUAUUCCUACUUACGCUAACCUCAAAUUAUUUUUCCUUUAUCAAAAACUCCCCAAAUAAAUAUUUGAAUUAAGCUACGUUACCUAACGAUUUAUCCGAUUUAUUUUAUAUCAACGAUCUCAAUAUUUCUUCAAAGCAUUUUCCUGGGAUAAAUGAAAGUUAGCAAA